UUAACGCAAGCAUGACAGUGGCGGAAGCAAUUGGUAGUGCAUUUGAUUUUGAAUUAAUUUCAAACCAGGGAGAUUUCGCAUUGGACAUUCGCAAAAGUCUAAAACAGGCUUUUGUUGAUGCUAAACCACUACCGUGGCCCCCGACAGCAGACGAUCUUGAUGCUUAUGCACCUGAAGAUAUCAUUCCUAAGGAACUGUUGUCAUUCCUUACAAAGCUAAUAUGUGGAGAAUCGGACGUUGCAAACAGUGAAAAGUAUCGCAUCAUACUUUCAAUUGCCCAGGAUAUUUGCCGUGCUGUAACAAAUGGCGAGUGGAAGUUUUCCAAGCACAUUUUGUUAUGUACAACGGUUCGGCAUCUCUAUCGCAGCAAGAUACUCACUACAAUGUUGAGCCGCCUGGGUCACUGUGAGUCAUACGAUUUUAGUUUAGAACUUGAAACAUCAUUAGCAAGAGCAAUCAACGACUCGACGACGACUCUUACUCCUCUCAUUGUAACUGUCUCGCAUCUGGUGCUCCAAUUCCUUUUGAUGCUGAGCAUGAUGUUCUUCGAGCAGAGUUAGUAGGGAAAGAAGCCAAGGCAAAAUUUAUAUCUGAACGACUGACUAGUGGAGCAGCGCCAUCCAGGUUUUUCGACCCUCUGCCAAGGAAUAGAUUGAAAACAAUGGAGGCUGCAAACAAAACAGUAAAGCUAACUGCACCGCAAGG